GCAGACUCCUGAUUUUCCCCUGCACUAUGAUGAUCAACUGAGACUCUGAGUGAGAGUUUCCAAGGGCUAGCAGUGCCGUGGAUACUGACCUCAGUCUCCUUACUUAUGACCUUAGCCGUAGGCUACCCGCAACACCAGACAGUUGUAAGAGAAAGCACGCAGAUGCAGUUGUAGACCUCGGUACCCUAUUCGAAACGAACGCUGACCUUCUGAUGUUCUGUGACUUUGCCACAUCUUGCUUUGCUGUAGUUUAGUAGAAACGAAAAGCAGCGUCCAACAGCUGGCCCGUGUAUUGACUAGAUCAGAUAGAUUGCCAGCGAUUUGUCCAGUUUUUACAUUGAGUCGCAAGUCUGCACCCGCAUUUAUCAUCACCAUCUUCAUCGCUGCUGGUUCAGUGGCUGAGCAGCGCACAGCACUGAGGCGGGGCCGGCUGCUCGUCUGAUUAGACGAAACGUUACUUGACGGACGUUCGUCCCAGCUGAGGCAAGUUGGUUCAGAUAGGUGCGCGUGAAACGUCUAGCCACCGCAAUCCAGGUUGCAGUUGUUGCGCAGAAGUACAGUGAUUUGACGAGGAUGGCAUCCACCAGGGCAGUCAAUGGAGCAAGCAAUGGUGUCAGCAACGGCCACGGUACCAACGGCACACAGACGGCACACUGCGGUCCGCCGGUAAAGAAACAGACUGGAAGUCGCAACCCUAACCUCGGUCUUCACUCGGCUGGCGUGGUUCUCAACGGCAACGGUGGCAGCAGUACGAGCAGCACCGGCAGCAGCAGCACAGGGCCAGUGUCACCGACAUCGCCGUUCGAUCCGGAAUGCCAACCGAGCUGGAUGCGCAACUGCCGGGGAAAUGAUUCCGAACUGUUUGGUGAACGCCAGGACAGCUGGUGGUCCGGGGUCAAGCCAGUACCAGGCGUACCCGGGGUGCGCAGCGAUGGCACAGUGUUCUCACUGCCGCAAGCCAACGCAGCAACAUUCUCACGCCAGCAGAUUCUCGAGUACUUCCAGAACACGUGGAUGCUGACAGAGACGCUGUUUUCAUCCCUGCAGGGUGAAGAAGCGUUCUACCGACCACCGUAUCACAACUUGCGGCACCCGAUGAUCUUCUACUACGCUCAUCCAGCCUCGUUGUAUGUGAACAAGUUCCGUGUAGCUGGCUUGUUGAAAGAAGCAGUCAAUGCUGAGUAUGAAGUGAUCUUUGAGACAGGCGUGGAUGAGAUGAGCUGGGACGACAUGGACAAGAACGAGAUGCAGUGGCCGUCCGUCCAGGACACCAUGGAAUACCGCAAGACGGUCUACAAUAUCAUCGUGGACCUCAUCAAGAGCCACCCUGCACUGGACGACUCACAGCGGCCAUUCAACCAGGACAAGCCAGCCUGGGCCAUAUUCAUGGGCUUCGAGCAUGAACGCAUCCACUUUGAGACAUCAUCGGUGCUCAUUCGAGAGCUGCCAGUCAGUGUGCUGAAGCAACCAGUGCAGUGGCCUGCGUAUCAUCCUAGCGUGCUAAAGAACAGCUCCGACACACCGACUCCUGGCAAGGAUUACCAACCAGCGGAGAUGAUCCCGGUGUCGAGUACGAGCAUCAGUAUUCACAAGCCUGAUGAUUUCCCGAGUUUUGGCUGGGACAAUGAGUACGGGCGUCGGGACUUCACCGUGGAGCCGUUCAAGUCCGGAAACACACUCUGCACUAACGGCGAGUUCUGGGAGUUUGUUCGCAGCGGCGGCUACUUUGACCAGUCGGUGUGGACGGACGACGGCUGGGCAUGGCGUACAUACCGCAAUGUCAAGUUCCCCACCUUCUGGGUGCCUCACGGUCCGACGGGGCUGCAUCACUAUCACCUCCGGCUGAUUUUCGACAUUCUACCGAUGCCCUGGGAUUGGCCGGUAUCCGUCAACUAUUACGAAGCCAAGGCGUAUGCUAACUGGCUGUGUAAGAAGAGAAACCUGCCUGCCGGUAACAUCCGCCUGCCUGCUGAGCAGGAGAUGUACGCCAUCUCCGACCUUGGUGGAUCCAACGAUGACCCAGUAGUGAAUGCUGGUGGUGACACCAUCGCUGACAAAUUCUCCGUCAACGGGCAACUAGCCUACGGCUCUGAGAGUCCCGUGCAAGCCAUGAAAUCCAAUUCAAAGGGUUUCUAUGACACACUGGGCAACGUGUGGGAGUGGGGCGAAGGAUACUUCUGCGCCCUACCAGGUUUCAAAAUUCAUCCGUACUAUGAAGAUUUCAGCACGCCCUGCUUCGAUGGUCAACACUCUGUCUUCCAGAAUGGAUCGUUUGCAUCUACCGGAAAUCUGCUAAGUCGCCAUGCACGCUAUCACUUCCGUUCCCACUUCUACCAAUUUUCGGGUUUUCGACUUGUUGAGGCCAAGCACCUGGAGACUAGCGAUAUGGAUGCACCUCCACCGUACGUCGGUGGAAAGCCAUGGGCAACGAAGAAGCCAAAGCAAGGCCACGCACUGUACGAGACGUCUUGCUAUAUCCAUGAGUACCUGAGUCUGCACUUUGCCGAGCCCGCCGACUUGUUUCCUCACGAUGGAAUCGUGCUGCCAGGUGCAACGGAAAGCUGGCCGAAGAGAUGUUCCGAGUUGAGUUUCAAGUACUGCCCGCAAGGAGGCCGUGCUCUUGAUCUGGGUUGUGCUGUGGGGCGCGCUUCAUUUGAGCUGGCUCGCAAGUUCGACGAAGUGAUUGGUAUCGAUUUUAGCGCUGCUUUCGUUGAAACUUGCCAGAAGCUGCAGAAGCACGGCAAGCUACCGUACACUCAAAAAGUGGAAGGCAACAUCCGAUCGAGCCACGAGGCCGUAGUUGAUCCGAACAUCAAUCGCAACCGCUGCAAGUUUGAAGAGGGUGACGCCUGUGCACUGCGGGAUGACCUUGGUGACUUUGACGCCGUCCUGAUGCUGAAUCUGCUGUGCCGACUGCCCAAGCCACAGGUUCUCCUGGAGCGGCUCGUAACUCUGGUCAGGCCUGGUGGCAUUGCUAUCUUCACAUCACCGUGCACGUGGAUGGAUGAUUUCACACCACAGAGUCAAUGGCUGGGUGGAUACCAGGAUGAGAGUACCCAGGUGGACGUGCGUGCCAGCAGCACCAUCACCAAGGUGCUGGGUGACAACUUUGAGCUCCUCUACGAAGCCAGCCUUCCGUUGGUGAUCCGAGAGCACUAUCGCAAGUACCAGCUUAUCAUGCCGCACGUGGCCGUGUACCGCAGGAAGUAAGCCGAGCGCCAGUCAUUGCUAUCUCCACCAUACCAGCUAUCCCUUCCGAUCUACACUCUCAUCGAGUUCAAUUCAUAGAGAAAGUGGUUUGUUGCAUUGUUGCAUUUGUUGCUGCUGCUGCUGCUGUUAUUGCAAACACUCUGCUUGUUUUUUUGUUGGUUAUUUAGCAUAAGAAAGGUCAACUGCAUGUGUUAGGUAAGCACAGAGGCCUACAUGUAGAUGAUAAUCUAUAGAUAAGUCUGCAUAAUGUACUACCGGUAUUAUGCCAGGAUGCCACAGUGUACACGCAGUGCAAAGAACACAUCCAGAGCUACUAAUACGAUCACCACCACCGUCACGUCACCACCUUCAGUUCACACCCAUUCACAGCUUGCAUGAUUUCGGAAGAUGCCAUCUCCCCGGCCGGUUUUUUGUUUUUCUUCUCCGUGUUGUAGUAUGAUGGCCUUGUGCCAUUGUGUGUGUGUGUGUGUGUGCAUGACACAGUGUCGCUGUUCACUGCAUGCAUUAUCGUGCUAUGACAUCAACUUCUCCCCAAACCUGUGUCCUAACACCAUCAUGGACUUUCCUUCUGUUCUCUGACUGAUCACAUAAUGAUAAAUUGAUAAUAUUUUCCACUUCCUCUCCUGCAAUCAGGCUUCUUCCUUGCACUGGAGAUCCAUCUUUAUUGCAUUCCACCCUCCGCGCAUGCAUUGCUGGACGCUGUAUGCGCUUUGCACACUCUCACUGUUCAAACUCCGCAACCCAUCCAAGAACGUGCGUGCACAAAACCGUGGGUGUGUGUGUGUGUGU